AGAGUACAAUGUUGCUACUUACAGAUACAUUUUUUCUGAUUGAGGAAAUCUGUAUGGGACAGUUUGAAACCAUGCACAGAAAAAAAGAUGAAAUAAAUGACUGCUGUACAUGAUGCCUAGUUUAGUGUUACAGAAAUCUUUCACAGUGACAGGUGUUAGUGAGUGUAGACACAUUUCUUAUGUAUCUUCAGACCGAGUCGGGAUCAGUGAUAAGAGUGAAAAUCUCGUCCUGUCAAACACUCUAGGUGAAGAACUAUAUCGUGUUACAGAUAUAACUCACUAUGUUGGUGGAGUACACACUUUAACAAGUAAUGGAGAUUUGAUUUAUAUAGACAAUAAAUUUAACAUCAAUAAACUAUCUAAAGAUCACAACAUAAAGACCAUAUUAAUACCGUACAACACAGAGUCAAGGCAUCUGCUUGCAACAUUAAAACCGUAUAAGACAGAACUAUGGACACCACGGUGUGUCUACAGCUCGCCCUCCAAUGGAGACCUGCUGGUCGGGGUGUGUACGGUAAACAGUUUCCCUUUAACAGGCAAGGUAAACCGUUACGCUAAAACAGGAAAACACCUUCAGACUAUAGGUAAAAAACUGUAUAAAGAUCCGCUCUACAUCACAGAGAAUCGCAAUGGGGAUGUUAUUGUGUCUGACGGGGGCUGUAAUGCCGUAGUGGUGACAGAAAGUAGUGGAAGACACCGCUUCUCCUACAGAGGCCCUCCAUUUGGAUUACGUCUAGUAAUAAACAGAGAUCCUUUAUAUGAACAUCCAGGAAAAAGAUCAGAACUACGACCACGUGGAAUCUGUACUGACACGCUGUCACAUAUCCUGGUGUGUGAUGAUAAAACAAGCACAGUACAGAUCCUGGACAAAAACGGUCACUUCCUGUCACAUAUAUAUACAGGAAAAGACGGGAUAGGCAUACCAGUGGGACUGAGUUAUGAUGACAGAACUCAGUUACUCUGGGUCGCAUCACGGAACUACAACACACUGAAUAUCUACAGACUUAUUCAUGAAGACUCUCUGACUGGUCUCCCUCUAGAAAAGAUGAAGUGUGAGAAGCAUCCCAGUGGAACAUUGUCGAAGUUCUGUGACCCGUGCGAGGCCGCCUUGUGUGAGCUCUGUAUCACAACUUCUAGUGAUCAUAAAAGGCAUGACGUUAGAGAUGUUGAGAAAUUGUUUCGUGAAAUUCACAAGAGAAAAGAUGAAGAUGCAGUUUUGAUGUGCCUUCUUCUUUGCCAGAAUUACAAAAUAAAUCUUGAAGAAGAACAAUGGAUGGAGAAAUAUAAUGCUGUGGCUGACGUUUUCAAAUUUAAGAAGAUUAAGAAGAAAUCCGAUCUUAACAAAAUAAAAAAGUACAAACCAGUACUGAAACAGGAUAGUUCCAAUAUCGAGUUUUCUUGUAAAUUCUUCAGAGACACCAGUUUUCUAAGAUUUGCGAUAGAACGAAAAUUUGUUGAUAUGUUUCUAAUUUGGGCAGAAAAAGAAAACAUUGCGAAGUUUUGCAGAUCAUCAAAUUAUCUGAGAAGAGAGGAUGAAGAAGAAGUUUGUUGUUGGUUAUUGCCAAAUCAAACAGAACAACUGAUAGAUAGACUUGGGGAAGAAAUGUUCUCACAUGUCACAAUGAAGGACCAGUCCAUACAUGAAUUAGUGUAUAGAAAGCUGGGUAUACCAGUACAGGUUAUAAUGAGAGGAGAUGACUCCGUGAAAAAUUUCCUGGAAAAUCUCAAGAAAGGAAAGACCACCAUGUACCACGCCACUGGGAUGUUGAUAGGAUGUGCAGGCAGUGGGAAAACAACGUUACUUGGAAGAUUAAAAGGCAUCGACAUGGGGGAAAUAGGGAGAAAUACAAGAUCAACCAGAGGAAUAGAUAUCCAGACCGACGUCUUUGAUGUGUCAAAUACCAUCGAAGUAAAUACAUCAGACCAAAAACAACGCAUUAAGGUUAGAAUUGAUGAAACAAGUCAAAAUCAAACGAUUCCAGAACCUUAUUAUGAAGAGCAUGUAUAUGAAAAUACAAAAUCACUAAAUGUUGAUGUCCAAGGAAAUAAUGAAGAAGACAUUGCUUGUAAGGCCGCUAAUGAAGAAGAGAUGUCACGUGACAGCAUGAACACAGAAACCGAGUCAUUUAAAGAAGACGAAGUUGCUGCUCCAUUGUUUGAAAAGAUAGAGGGAGAAGUUGAAGAAAUCCAAACUGUUGCUAAGAAUUCAGAAGGUUUGGGGAUAAUACGAGUCUCCAAACAAGCUACGGAUGAACCAGAGAAAAAAAUCAGCAUGAUUGAUUUUGCAGGACAAUGUUCAUAUUAUUCCUCACACCAGAUUUUUUUGAGUCCACGUGCAUUCUUCAUUCUGGUGCUCAACAUGGAGAAAAACUUUGAUGAAAUGGUAGGAGAAGAAGUCUGUUGCCAGGAACGUUCUAUUUACAAAGAAUGGACACACAGAGACUACCUUACAUUUUGGGCAAAAUCCAUUCAUCAAUACAGCAGCGAAAAGGCUCCCAUUUUACUGGUUGGUACUCAUGCUGAACAAAAGACAGAUCAGGAAAAAGUGGAAUUUUUCUUUGAGAUAUGGAAGACUUUGGAAACAAAAACCAAGUCUUUGCAGGGACAUCUUGACAGCGAGAGAGAAUUUGCCAUAGGAUUCAACGAAAAUGAAGGCAUUAAAAAAAUCAAGGAGUCAAUUGUUGAUGUUGUUCGGAAUCUUGAUCACUGGGGUGAAAUGCUUCCGCAUUCCUGGGCUAUGUUUGAAAACUUCUUCGAGGAGAAGAAACACCUCAAAAUAAUUAAUAAAAGAAUACUUUUGGUUUUCAAUGAAGCAUUGCCAGAGGACAUAAAAUUAGAGACAGUUGCUGAUGUCAAUACCAUGCUGCAGUUUUUCCAUGAUAUCAGAGAAAUCUUAUAUUUCUGUCAAGAAUUCCUGAGAGAAGUAAUCAUUCUAGAUGUUCAGUGGUUUGCAGAUGCGUUCAAAAACAUUAUUACUGAUAAAAACCAUGCAAAGGAAGAUUUACGUGAGUUAACAUCAGAGUGGGACCAAUUCGAUGACACUGGAGAAUUGAGUGACAUUUUGCUAUGCAGGAUUUGGAAAAUGAACGAUAACGAAUAUCUUGAACACAAAGAUGAGAUCAUGCUGUACAUGGAGAAGCUGGGGCUGUUGGCUAAAAUGGAUGACAAAAAUUGGUACGUUCCAUGUAUGAACAAGAAGUCAUUUCCUGUUAAUGCGUUUUCAUCACACCCCGCCUCAUCCAUUCUCUGCUACACGUUUGAUGUUCUUCCUGUCGGAAUUUUCCAUCGCCUUGUAGCAACUUGCAUGCAGAAUACUUCAAAGAUGUUUUCCUUUGAAGACCGAGGAUGCAUAUACCAGACUGCGGCUAAGUUCAUGUUUCAGGACCGCCACCAUAACAUUCUGAUGGGAAUGACCCAGACAGAAAUCCAGUUGCAGGUGUUUGUUUUAGAGGGAGAAGUUGAGGUUUUUAUAUGCCACAAAGUAAGAGAAAGAAUUGAGAGUGUGUUACAUGAUCUUUCUAGCACAUUCCAGGAAAACUCUGAAUUCCAUGUUGCGUUCAAAUGUAAACCUGUUGGAUUUUGUGACAGCAGAAAGAGUGCUGUCCUAAGUGAAUCAGAGUUUUCGCGAGCAACUUUCCAGUGCCCUUCCUGUAUAGAAGAGAAAAUCCAUAUUGUUAACACCAGAGACAUCAUGAAGUAUUGGAAACAGGAACAGCAACAGGAGAAUUUGGACAAGGAUGGAAGGCCAGUUGAUUCUUUAGAACGAAGACCAACAGAUAAAGAACUUAUGACAGUCAGUGGACAAAUUGGGGACCAUUUUCUGAAUAGGGAUUGCCCUUGGUCUAGACAACGCUACAAUCCAACCAAUAAGGAUUGAUUACCAGAAUCAUGGUGUGAAGAUACAGGUGUUCCAAAUACUUUGUGAGUGGAAAAGGAAGGAGGGAGGACGAGCAAGUGUGAAAAAGAUCUCCUCGCUGCAGUCAAAGAGUUCAAAGACAAAGUCGAUUUUGAGAGAAUAGAAAGGGUUUUCAACAUGUGAUAUGUAUCAGUUGCUGAUGUGUAAAGUCAUUAGUGUGCAUAGUUUGAUAAAUAUCAAACUUUUUUUUAUCAACAUGAUCAAUCUUGACCAAUCUGAGAAUUGAGAUCUGAAUUCUCCCUUAAGUUUGGACAUUGAUAGCUUAUUUAUUAUUAAAUUAAGAAUCAAAUUUAAUAAGCUUAAAGUUGGAUAACAUUCAAAUAUACAUGAUGAAAACUGUUUUUAUUUUCAUUUUAUGAAGAGAUAUGCUAAUAUGAAAUUCAUUUUGUAGUUUUUGGUCUUGAAAUUUUGUCACAUAGAUAUUUUGCCUGUUGUAUAGAAACAUAUUGUUUUUUUUAACUAAAGUGAUUGUUCCAUAUACAUGAUAUAUGAUUACUAGUUUCAGUUUUAUAAUAAUGAACACUGGUGCAAUUAUCACGUAAUGCAGUGUAAUAUUGUUGUUAUGAUAUGGAGUUGUACAAAAAAAUUUAAUCAGAGAAUCAAUGACGAAGUCGAUUUUGAGAGAAUAGAAAAGGUUUUUAACACGUGAUAUAUAUCAUUUGCUUAUGUGUCAAGUCUUUAGUGUUCAAAGUUUGAGAAAUGUCAAAGGUUUUUU